AAGGACCAGGAGGCAUGGUUUUCCGACGGCAACAUUGACAUCAUUGCGCAAGGGACCGCCUUUCGUGUUCACCGAGGUGUCCUUACCAUCCAUUCCGAACUUUUCCGCGACAUGCUGUCUAUUCCCCAGCCCACGGAUGCGGGGGACGCUGGUCAUAUACCGGUGGUGGAAGUGACUGACUCUGCGGACAACAUGCGGCACUUGCUGCUCGCUCUCUACUAUAAUAACAGUCUGUCGCACUUCAAACCUUAUACCCAAGCAGAAUUUGCAGUGGUCAGCUCCCUCGCCCGCAUUGCGCACAAGUACCAAGUGAAGAAUGUGUUGGACGAAGCCAUGAGCCGCAUAAAGGCAGUCUAUCCAGAUAACCUGGACGACUUCCUCGAAGUGCUGAACGAACGCCCGCCCGAUCUCCCCAUGAGAUCCAAGGACAUCGAUUCACUUCACGUUCUCCAGAUCGCACGACUUGUCGGGGACACGUCGCUCUUACGCCCCGCCUUCUACCGUUUAUGCCAGCUC